AUGGGAAGUUCAAAAGCAAAGAAGCUGAAGAGUAAAAAAAGAAAACUAGAAAGCAAAUUUCAAGAUGAAGAUGAAGUAGUAGUUGAAACUGAACCUAAACCUCAACCUCAACCAGAAUCUUUUGAACACAAUAUUGUGCAAACAUUUAAAGAAAUCGUUGAUGUUAUGAGGGAAGGGAACAAAUCUCGUGACUAUACAGGUGAGGAAAUCGAGAAAGAGUUAGAGUUGAUGGGUUUGGAUGACGAUGAAUUUGCGGAUGCUUUCAUAUAUUUAUCACGUAAUCAAGCCGAUGCUAGGACAAUUUUUAGUUCUUCAAUGAGGAUGAGGAAGAUAUUUUUAAGAAAGAUGAUGUGUGAAGCUAAAAAUUGA